AUCGAUAAGUAACACGUUGUGGUCCACGAAUCGGAAUACGCUGCAAAAAUACGUCAUCACGUGUUGAUAAGGUUAAUCAACAGCGAUAACGCGUCGCCUCAUUCAGUAGGCCAUCGCAAACUCCUGCAAAACGAGGUAAUAACAAAUAUUGUGUGCGAUGUGCAGAUCAGCUAUUGCCCAUAUUGCUCUCGCCUUUGGACGCUUGUGCAUUCAUUUCUCGCAUUUAUGAACAAGCCGAUACUCAUCACACCUGCACACAUAAUUGCUCAGCUUUAAAACAGUAUCGUAAUUACCAACAAAGCUAUUUCUAAAGUAGAUGUUAAAAAUGUCUCGUGAAGCUAAUAGAACCCGUAUCAUCGAGGAAGAUGACUAUGUGCCGAUUUUAGCACCCACUGCCGAUAUCUCACCGAGAUUGAAGACUUUAGCUGCCCAUUUUAUUUCCAAAUACAACAUAGAACCUUCCUUUUUUGUUCGAGUACCAGGAAGAGUGAAUCUGAUAGGCGAGCACAUCGAUUACUGCGGAUAUUCUGUUUGUCCAAUGGCUAUUGAACAGCAUAUUCUUAUUGCGGUGGCACUAUCGAAAAAUAAUGAGAUUCAACUUACUAAUGUAGAUCCAAAGUACGAAGAUUUUCGAUGCAGUUUAGAGAAUACAGGAUCUCGUAUUAGUGAUAGCGAAAGUGGACCAACAUGGUACAAAUAUUUUCUUUGCGGUGUAAAAGGUGCACUAGAUAUAAUUCCACCAGAGUCUGUUCCAAUGGGAAUUCUGGCGGCGGUAUGGGGAAAUAUUCCCCCUAAUUCUGGUCUUUCCAGUUCAAGCGCAUUGGUUUCAGCCGCACUCCUUUCGGUCGUACAUGCUAAUCAGUGUAAAUUGUCAAAGCAUGAAUUAGCGGUUGACAGUGCUCGAGCAGAGAGACAUAUCGGCACUCAAGGUGGUGGAAUGGACCAAGCCAUUGCUUUCCUUGGAAAAGCAGGUUCGGCUAAGUUGAUAGAGUUUAACCCCCUGCGUGCGACUGAUGUAAUAUUGCCUGAAAAUGCAGUAUUCGUAAUAGCCCAUAGUCAAGCGUAUCUCAACAAAGCUUCUACUGCCGACUACAAUCUCAGAGUUGCGGAAUGCCGAUUAGCUGCACAGAUUAUAGCUAAGAAAAGAAAUAUGGAUUGGGAAAGUGUUCAAAGAUUAAUUGACAUUCAAGAAAGACUCGCCUUAGACUUGGAUGAGAUGGUUACUGUAGUAAUGACAGAACUACAUGAAGAACCGUACACACUUGAUGAGAUCUGCAAGUGUCUUAGUACAGAUUAUGAACAAUUGAAAAAAACGUCUCUCAUCAGUUCCUUUAAUAGCUCACAAACAUUCAAGCUGCAGCAACGAGCUCUGCACGUUUUUCAAGAGGCUGGCAGGGUGCUCACGUUUUGCCGUAUAAACGAAGAAGCCAGCAUAGUGGAACACGAGAAACUUCAACAUUUAGGCAACCUGAUGUCAAAAAGUCAUGCCAGUCUUCAUAAAUUGUAUGAGUGCAGCCAUCCUAGCGUGGAUGCACUAGUCGAAAAGGCCAUGUUUUAUGGUGCAUUCGGCGCUCGACUCACAGGAGCUGGUUGGGGUGGUUGCAUUGUAGCUAUCAUCGAUAAAAACGGAGUUCAGCAAUUUGUUCAGGCUCUCCGGGCAUAUCUUUAUCAAAAUAGUACGAAGGACCGAGCGGCACUCGAAGAUAUGGUAUUUCCGACAUCACCAAAUCAAGGCGCUAUUAUUUACCAGUGUUAACAUCAUUCAGAAUCUUAAAUCCGUAUUGUAAAAAAUAUAUAUACACUAGCAUCCUUUAAUCCGUU